CCCCUCCGCAUCGCCUUCUACACUGGCACAGAGGAUCCCCUCACCCACAUACAUUCUUUCCAGUCUGCCCUGGGGUGCAAAGGCUUAACCGACGAAGGCAUGUGCCUCCUCUUCCCAUCCACUCUCAGCGGUGCGGUCCUGAAUUGGUUCUACAGGCUGAGCCCCCGCACCAUCAAUAUGUUUGACAGUCUGAAGCAGGCCUUCCUAGACCAUUUCAUGAUCCAGACUGAUCGCCUCUACUCCACGGACGACCUGUACAUGCUUAGGCAGGGUGAGGAUGAGCUCCUUCGGGAGUAUGCAGCCAGGUUCAGCCACGAGUACUCCCGCUGCCCAGAGACCGAUGAUCGUGCCGCCUUUGGUGCUUUCAAGAGUGGCCUCCGAGAGUCUAACUUUCGAUACCUAGUGCACAGCAACCCUUGGAACACAUAUGCUGAAUUAAUGAAGCAGGCAGCAGUUCAUGCUAAAGCUGAGUACUUCAACUCCAAGCGUGGCUCGGCCACCCCGGCACAUCAUCCUUUCGCUGAUCCCCCACCUGCUUCAAUACCCAACUCAGCCUCGCCUCAACAUUCUACUUCCGCCCCAAGUGAUCGGGCUCCACUCCCCUUCUCACUGAAGCCUAGGUUCGAGGUCUUCACCACCCUGAACACUACCUACGAGAAUGUCCUGUUGCACGAGGCACCUAUCAUACCCAAGCCUCCUCCCCGGAGACCGGGCAGCAAACCCAUGCCCAACACAGGUGUCUUCUGUCGCUUUCAUCAGUUCGGUGGACACGACACCGAAUCUUGUGUUGCCUUGCGCAACAUCAUUGAAGGACUUAUUCGUGAGGGGAAACUGGAUAAAUACGUGCACAAUCUCCCACCCCCACCUAACCCUCACCAACGGCAGAUCAACAUGAUCUCAACUAUCAAUGGUGGUCCCACCCUGGCUGGAACCUCCAACAACUCCAUCAAGCAUUAUGUCCGCUCCACCUAUGCACACCAGGUCUUCAGUGCUGAGCAGGGACGCUUGCCGAAGACCCAUAAAUCAGGCUGGGCUCCUAUUACCUUCUGCGAGGAGGAGGAGCGCGGUGUUAUUCUCCCCCACGAUGACCCAAUCAUUAUCCGCGCCGACAUUUCUAACUUUGAUGUGGGGCGUAUCUUGGUGGACACUGACAGCUCGGUCAAUGUGAUGUUUGCUGAGGCCUUCAACGAGCUCCAGCCCAUUGAAAGCAUUCAUCUCCCAAUCUCUAUUGGAUCGGCACCCCAGCAGAGGACAAUCACCACUCCCUUCCUCAUUAUCGACUGCCCCACAGCCUACAAUGUCAUCAUCGGCUGCCCCGCCAUGGCCCAAAUGAAGGUCUUCAUCUCCACCCAUAUGCUGCUGCUCAAGUUUCCUACGCCUUAUGGCACAGGCACGGUGCGCGGAGACCAACUUGGCGCCAGAAGCUGCUAUGCUUCAGCAGUAAAGUCCAUCGCGGUCAGUUCUGUGCUCAUCCAAACAAAGGACAGUGCUGAGCACCCAGUGCAUUAUGUCAGCAAAGCGUUACAAGACGUCGAGGUUCGAUACCCGGACAUCGAGAAACUGGCAUUCGCCCUGGUGAUUUCGGCUCAGCGCCUCAGGCCAUACUUUCAGCCUCAUACCAUUCAUGUCUUAACCAAUCAACCACUUCGGCAAGUGUUGCAGAAGCCGAAGAGUUCCGGGAGGCUAGUCAAGUGGGUCAUUGAACUUGGCGAACUUGAUAUCCACUACAAACCCCGCCCAGCCACAAAGGGCCAAGCUGUGGCUGACUUUAUAUCUGAAUUCACCGAACCCCAUGCCGUGGCCGGUCCACAGAUUACGAUGGAGCCCACUCCUACCUUGAGCCAAGUCCACGUCGCCAGCAACGGCACCCUAGACUUAACUCAGCCCUUAUGGACCUUGUAUGUGGAUGGCUCUUCCAAUGAGGCCGAAUACGAAGCACUCUUAGCUGGCCUUCGGUUAGCCAAGGAGAUGGGCGCCAGGCAAAUUCAGAUUUUCAGCGACUCACAGCUUGUUGUCCACCAAGUCAACUAG